UAUCAUGCAUCUACUGAAAAUAUGUCCAGCAGCAGCAGCGGUUGGCCAUCAUAAUAUCUGUGUUGUAUCAUGUGGAUUAUCCAUAGUAAUAGCAAAUCGAUGCAGAAUUUUAAUUGAAGGGACAAAUGAAGAACAACAAAGAGUGGCUUCUAUAGUAUCUUCUUGGAUUCAAGCACGAGAGAUGUCAUCUAUGAAUGAAGUUUCUGGAGUUUGUUGGAACCAAGCUCGAGACAUAAGGUCAGAUAUUCCAGAAGCUGAUGAAAGAUCCCAACAAAAUAUAGUGUUGUUCAAUAUAAGAAGAGCAGCUGAAACACCAGGACAUUGCGUUUUUCAAGAAUGCAUGAAUCCUGAGCAAAAUGUUGUGCCUCGAGUUGCCUGUGCCUGUGUUGUGUUGUUGUGCUUUAAGCUAAAAAAAGUCCUGCCAUUUAACUGCCAACAAAAUAAGUUUUUCCAGAAGGAAAAACUUAUUUUGUAUUUAUUGUAACAGAAAGAAACAUGAAUGGUCAGGUCGCUAUCAAAAGCUAUUGCUGUUACUGCAUUGUAGGCUUAAGAACAGUGGGAUGCUGCUCACAUGUUUAUGAGCAUCAUUUGGUACCUAAGCUGUGCUCGCCAUGAGGGUACUCCUGCC